AUCAACACGGCCAGCGUGGCAGCUUUUGACGGACAGGUCGGCCAGGCGGCGUAUUCAGCUUCUAAAGGCGGCAUCGUUGGAAUGACUCUCCCCAUCGCUCGAGAUCUGGCACCCAUGGGCAUCAGGGUCGUCACCAUAGCACCUGGUCUGUUCUCCACCCUCCUGGCCGGUCUUCCAGAGAAGGUCCGCUCCUUUCUCGCCCGACAGGUGCCCUUCCCCUCGCGCCUGGGAGACCCCGCUGAGUUUGCUCACCUGGUGACGUCACUGGCUGAAAACCCCAUGAUUAACGGAGAGGUCAUCAGACUGGACGGAGCCAUUCGCAUGCAGCCCUGA